AGUAGCUUCUUCUUGUGUGUUUGCUGUUGUGGCUCCACACUGUUGAUGUCUCAAGUGAAUAGAAGCGGCGUCCAUCUGGGUGGUCAGAAUUCACCAUCUGGGGAUAAUGCUGGGUACUCAGGCAAUAUACCAUCGAUCGGCAUGAGUCCAAGGAGGUCCUCUGCCGAGCGACCUAUCCGAACGGGUCCGAAGAUUUUCAUAGGCGGAGUGCCCUUCACUGCCACUGAAGAAGAUGUGGCGGAUUUCUUCUCUCAAUUUGGGCCGGUGGCGUCGGUCGAGAUAAAAAUGGACAAGGUUACGGGUAGGAGUCGAGGUUUCGGCUUCGUCGUAUUUGAGACGGCAGAAGGGAAGAUGGGUGCUAUGCGGAGGAAGGGAGAUCUCGUCCUGCAUAACCGUCAAAUUAAUAUUGGGGAAACAACUGCUGAUCGAGUUUUCGUCGGCGGAGUUCCUCCUCAAAUGAGCAAUGAGGCAAUCGCGACUCACUUCUCCAAGUAUGGGCCGGUCCAGGAUAUUGAAGGACCGCCCAAUAAGAACUAUCUUUUCGUCGUCUUCACGGAUCCUUCAGGUGCGCGGAACUGUCUGAUGGAUAACCCGGAGAAUCAUGUUAUUGACGGCGUUCGUGUCGAUGUUAAGAAGGCACAGCCGAGAAAUCAGUCUCCUCAUUCAGCGGGACAGUCUCCUGCAUCUUACCCCCCGCCCCCGCCUCCCAAUGAAGAGCAGCAGAUGGCAGGAAGCAGCUCUGGGGGAUAUUAUCAAGCCCGUGGAGGGCCGCCUCUCCCCUACUCUAGCUUUGAUGGAGCUACGGCUGGUGGUGGGCAACAUGGCAGCAUGACGCGCUACAGCCCUGUCUAUUCUGGUGGUCCUCAAAGAGCUUCGCCGGCUCAAUCGUAUGGAGGGGCACCUGGCGGAAGAGGCUAUGGAUACUCGCAACCAUACUGAUCAAGCACUCGUAACGUAUCGCAUUUCCAGUUUGAUC